AUGCCUAGACCAAAAAGGAUUAAGAACUUGCUUAAGUCAGUUCUUGGAACCUCCAAAGAUCAACAUAUUACAUCUAGUUCACAACAUUCUGUGUUACAAGCUACCCAUGAGCAGCCAAGACAACAACCUGCACAGCCAAGACAACAACUUGCACAGUCAAGACAACAACCUGCACAACCAAGACAACAACCUGCACAAGUAACUUCUCAACCUACGCAGCCAAAUUCUGAAACUGCAGAACCAAGAAAGCAACAUGCACAACCAACUUCUCAAGCUUCACUACCACUAACUCAAUUUGGACAGCCAAGAAAAACUCAAUAUACUCAACCAACUGAACCUACACAUCCAACUUCUGAACCAAUACAACAAACUUCAGAAUCUGCACAUGCAACUUCAAAAUCUACACAACCAACAUCUGAAUCUGCACAAUCAACAUCUCAACAUGUAGAACCAAAUUCUCAAUCUGUUCAACCCACUAAUGAAUCUGAAGAGGAAAGAGUGGGACCAAAACGAGGAAGACAGUCAAACCACUAUUGGGCUGUUGAUGUUAUAGACGAGGAUGGAGGUACACAAAAGCUCAAGCUCAAGGUUAAAGAUAUUCAUAACUUGCCUAAUGGAUUACGUGUGUUGGUGAACUAUGACGAUAAAUAUCAACCAAUUGGAGAAGCAUCUGCCUUACUUGCUGGAGUUUGUGGCCAACUAGCUCAAAAUCACAUUUUCUUUCCUAUAAGUUUUGAAAGAUGGACAACUAUGCCAAAUACUUACAAAGAUAAAGUGUGGGAGAGUACAUUAAAGGUAAAUGAAGAAUUGGCAAAAAGAGAUGUCAUGUGUAGAAUUGGAAAACUAUGGAGGGAGUACAGAUGUAAGCUUUGGAAUGAAUUUUAUGAUCCACUUCUUAGUAGAAAUGACCUCAUCAAGAAUGUGCCAGAAGGUCAUAACAUGGAUCAAUGGGCUAUUUUUGUUGAUUAUCGUCUCAAGCCUUCCACAAUGAAUAUGUGUAAUAGAAACAAAGAUAUAAGGAAAAGACAAACAAUUCCUCACACUGGUGGUGCUAUGUCUUUGUCAAGAAGAAGGGAUAAUUUGAAAAAUGAGACUGGUAAGAAUAUUGGGCGAGCUGAAAUGUGGAAAAUAACACAUAAGAGAAAAAAUGGCACCUAUGUGAAUGAUGAGGCCAUGGAGAUUGGGGAAAAAAUUGAUGAUUUGAUGAUGCAAAAUUCAGAAACUGCAUCAGAUAUAUCUCCAUAUGAUCCGAUUGGUAUUAUAUUUGGAAAAGAGCAUGCAGGUCGAGUUAGAGGACUCUCACAUGGAGCUUGUCCUACCCUUGCUUUUAAAAAGUCUACUACAAGAUUAAGUGGUAUGAAUUUUGCUUCAUCUAGUGGAACUUCUCCAAAUACAAAUGACAAGUUUGUGAGGAUAGAAUAUGAGCUUGAAACUAUGAAAAUCCAAAUGCAAGCAUUACUUGCCUACAUUGCUUCUAAAGAAGAUGUUCCAGAAUACCUAGCUUCUAUUGCUGCAAGUUUGCCACGUCCUUCAGUUAAUGAGGUACCAGAUAAUGGAAGCGGUGUGCCAUCUGCAAAUGACAACGUAGGAUCAAGUGGAGCAAGCAAGACAAAUUGA